AAUUUCUACCUACAUCUGUAUCGCUGGUUUAUUGUAAAACAUCUGUGGGCAAAAUCUUUAACUUUACUUCUUCAUUGCAAUUUUGAGUUGUUUUACCUUGCAAUUAAUAGUUAAAAUGUGCACCAACCACGUUAUUAACUCAAUAUUUACGGAUUUCCAAAGAAAUCUUGAUCUGGAGCAAGACAACCGUGAGGCUAUUCGAAAUAUAUGCAAAGAUAUAAGUCAGGUCCUCAGAGAAGUUACGACAAUUCUUCAAGUUAUUCAUUACAAUGAGGAUGGGAUUGGGCCAGCGUGUGUGAAAGCGAGAGAUCUGUUUGAGAAGGCACAGGAGGGAUAUGCAAGACUGAAGGAGGCCGUUCCAGACCAUGAGUAUUUCAAAUAUCAAGAGCACUGGCGCAGCAUAACGCAGCGCUACUGCUUCUUGAUCGCGCUCACCAUUUGGCUGGAGACUGGCAUCCUCGCGACACACGAUACCGUCGCUCAGAUAUUAGGCAUAAGUGCUGUAGAAAAGAGAUGUGGUUUCCAUUUAGAUAUAGAAGACUAUCUCAGUGGACUGUUGCAACUGUGUUCAGAACUGGCUCGGCUAGCAGUGAAUUCUGUGACAAGAGCGGAUUAUGAGAAGCCAGUACAGAUAUCUAAGUUUGUUAUGGAGUUAAAUGCAGGGUUCAGGUUAUUAAACUUGAAGAACGAUCAUCUGCGCAAGCGUUUCGACGUUUUGAAGUAUGACGUCAAAAAGAUAGAGGAAGUUGUCUAUGAUCUCAGUAUUAGAGGCCUGUUGCCCGCCCCCGAUGCGGCUGUAUGAGUCAAUGUCAGUAUUUUUAAUAGUAAAACGCUAAUUAUUAUAAAGAUUAAAGUUUAUUGAAAGUCUAUUUA